AAAUGUGCAUGAAGAAUUACAAGUCAUGUAAAGCAUACGAAAGAAUUUUUCAAAAAUAUCAGACUAAUUGUUCUGGCAACACUGUUGCACAACAUGACAGAAAACGUCUAAAUUUGAAUGACAUUAUGAUGUUUACAAUUGAAAUGUUAAUAACAUUGGGUGAUGAAAAUAACUAGCCAGCAUUGCCGCAUAUUAUUGAUCGUAUGCAAAGCUCGCUUACUACGGGAGCCGCUCUAGUGUUUAGCAAAGCAAAUCAUCACAUUUCUCUAUAAUCGCUAGCAAGUUACUGCAUUAAACGAAGAUAUGGCUGGAAGAGGUCGUGGUAAAACAAAUGGGACCUUGACGCAAGAGCAACUGCAAUCUUUGGGAGUCACAAGCAAAGAAAUGCAGACCGUAACAUCGGCAGCUCCACCUCCGUUGUAUCCAGCAUUGCUAGCGAAACCUGUACCUUUGGAGUCUAGCGCCGAUCGGACUUACAAAAUACUCUGGAAAGAAGAUUUUAUCUCGUAUCUACGUGAAUCGACCUACUACACUACAAAGAAAAGUUCUAAACUUCAUGUACAGCGAUACAGCGAUAAAGUAAUUAAUGUUAUAGAGAACGAUCCGAAAACUAAGCGAGAGGGAGAUUUUCUUUGGAAACUAAUGCCUGCGGAACUAAAACCGAGCUACAAACGAGUGAAAAAUUCAUUGGGACCAACAAAUGCAAAGCGACAGCGAAGUGCCGCUGAUAUUGAUGCGAAGCUAAAAGCACUAGAACAGAAAGAAUCAUCUGGCGACCGUUCGGAUAUUGUUAAAAAAGAGAAAAGUGACUCGGAAGAUGAAAAAGAUGGCGAUGAUGCUGAUGAAGAAUUGGUUGAUGAAGAGAUGGAUGACGACAAUGAUUAUGGUAAUAACUAUUUCGAUAACGGCGAAGCAUAUAAUGACGAAGACGAUAAUUUAGACGAUGGGCCAGUUUAUUAAAACCGAAGCACUCUUCGACUUGUAUGGAUGGGCUGUUUAAUAAACGUUUUAAUUAUGUCCUGGA